AUGGGAAAUGAGGCCAGUUACCCAAAGGAGAUGUGCAGCCACUUCGAACCCGAAGAAAUUAAAAGGCUGGGCAGGAGUUUCAAGAAGCUGGACUUUGACAAGUCGGGCGCUCUGAGUGUGAAUGAGUUCAUGUCGCUGCCCGAGCUGCAGCAGAACCCAUUGGUGAAGCGAGUGAUCGACAUCUUCGACACCGACGGCAAUGGAGAAGUGGACUUCACGGAAUUCAUCCGGGGGACCUCCCAGUUCAGCGUCAAAGGGGACGAGGAGCAGAAGUUGAUGUUCGCGUUCAGGAUCUACGACGUAGAUAAAGAUGGUUACAUCUCCAACGGGGAGCUCUUCCAGGUGCUGAAGAUGAUGGUGGGGAACAACCUCAAGGACUGGCAGCUACAGCAGCUCGUGGACAAAACCAUCAUCAUCAUGGAUAAGGACGGCGAUGGGAAGUUAUCCUUUGAGGAAUUCAGUGCUGUGGUCAGAGACCUGGAAGUCCACAAGAAGUUGAUAGUGACUGUGUGA